CAGGAACCGGACUGUCUCGCGCUUCGUCUGCAAAAUGAUAUACAUUUUAGGAAGUGGUUUCAGCAAAAAGGAACAAAAACGCGUUGUCAGCGAAAGUCCUGAAAAUCACAGCUAACCAUGGACAAAUAAAGAAGAGGACACCACUUUAAGUUCCCCCUCCUCUCUUCUGACUCCUGAGUGAUGGAGCGUCCUCUGCUGGGCCGAGGGUCCGCCCUGUGCUGCUCCUACAGCUCUCUGAAGGCCUGGCUGCCCCUCCUCUCCUGGGCGCCCCGGUACCGGCUGAAGUGGCUGCAGAUGGACCUGCUGGCCGGCCUCACUGUGGGGCUGACCACCGUCCCUCAGGCGCUGGCCUACGCUGAAGUAGCCGGCCUUCCUGUGCAGUACGGACUCUACUCUGCCUUCAUGGGGGGGUUCGUGUACACCCUCCUGGGGACCUCUAAGGACGUGACACUGGGUCCCACAGCCAUCAUGUCCCUCCUGUGUUUCUCUGUGGUGGGGGGGCAGCCUCACCGCGCCGUGUUGCUCAGCCUCCUCUGUGGACUCAUCCAGGCUGGAAUGGCUUUACUGAGAUUAGGUUUCCUGCUGGACUUCAUCUCCUACCCUGUAAUAAAAGGCUUCACUUGUGCUGCUGCGGUAACCAUUGGCUUUGGCCAAGUCAAGAAUAUUCUAGGACUCGAGGGCAUUCCCCACGACUUUGUCUUGGAGGUCUACUACACCUUCUACAAGAUCCCAGAAGCCAGGAUAGGUGACGUGGUGCUAGGUCUGCUGAGCCUCUCUGUGCUGGUCAUGUUGGUGUUCAUGAAGAAGGGUCUGGGCUCUGACGACGUUCCCAGCUGCUCCACAAUGAUCGCCCGGAGACUAGUGUGGACUGCUGCAACCAUGCGUAACGUUUUGGUGGUGGUAGCAGCAUCCUGCGUAGCCUAUUCCUGGAACGCUUUCGGCCAUCCCGUGUUUACGGUCACAGGGGAAACUUCUAAGGGUCUCCCACCGUUCAAGCCCCCGCCCACCUCAGACACCACAGCCAACGGCACCGUCGUCACCUUUGGAGAGAUUGUAGAGGACUUCGGUGGAGGACUGGCAGUGAUCCCCUUCAUGGGUCUAUUGGAGAGCAUUGCUAUUGCUAAAGCAUUUGCCAGUCAGAACGACUACAGAAUUGAUGCCAACCAGGAGCUGCUGGCUAUUGGUGUGACCAACAUCAUGGGCUCCUUUGUGUCCGCGUACCCCGUCACGGGAAGCUUCGGGAGAACAGCAGUGAACUCUCAGACUGGUGUUUGCACUCCAGCUGGAGGGAUCGUCACCAGUGUGAUAGUGUUGCUCUCCCUGGCGUUCCUCAUGCCCGCCUUCUACUACAUCCCCAAAGCUGCUCUCGCUGCUGUUAUCAUCUGUGCGGUCGCUCCCAUGGUGGAUUAUCAAGUCGUGGCUAAGAUGUGGAGGAUACGCAAGCUGGACCUGGUGCCUUUCGUUGUGACGUUCCUGAUGUGUUUCUGGGAGGUGCAGUACGGCAUCGUGGGAGGUGUAGCUGUAUCAGGAGUCCUGCUGCUGUACCACACGGCCAGACCACAGAUAAAGGUGUCUGAUCCCGGCAUGCUGGUGAUGGAGUUGGGCAGUGGGCUCAGCUUUCCUGCCACAGAGUAUCUCAGCCACCUCAUACACACUCAGGCUCUGCAGGCGUCUCCCCCGCGGUCAGUGGUCCUGGAUUGCCAUCAUGUCAGCGUUAUAGACUACACAGUGGUCAGCGAGCUCAGGGACCUGCUGCGGCAGUUCAGACUACGAGAAGUUCAGCUGGUCUUUUCCAGAUUGCAGCCCUCUGUCCUGGAGGUCCUCCUGGCAGCUGACCUGCAGGACUUCAGGCACACAGACAGUGUGGAGGCGGCGCUGCUGAUGGAGACAGAGAGCCUCCACGAUGAAUGGAGAGGACGGAAGAAACGUAGCGACACUGAUCAGUGACGUUUCUGAUGUGGGAUUAACAGGUUUUUAUGAAGUUUGAAAGGUGAUGACCUACCUCCAACAACUGAUAACCUGGCUGCUGGUUGUACCGCCUGACUUUGGAAAUCAAUAUGGGAUUUGGAGAUUACAGCACUACAACAUUGCACAUCAACAUUGGACCAAAAUUGUGUUUUUAUAGUAUUUUAUAUGAGGGACCAUUUUAGAGUAAGGGGGGUAAUGAGAGAAGUAUUAUUACUUAAGUAUAUAUUUACUAACGGCGAUCUCCCUCCGUUAUGUUUUAGAAUUAAAAGGUGGUAGGGGGGCUUCCAGAGACCAAAAUCGGAAUUUACACUAAGAAUAGGGAAGAUUGGUGUGUGAAUAAUGAGCAGCAGAGAGCAAAGCUAACACUUAAUCUAUCUGUCAUUAUGUGUAUUUUAUUUAUCAUAUUUCUAAAUGUAAGUUGGUUGGUUUCUGUUAUUAUUAUGUCGGGAAUUAAAUAUUGCCAAGUCAGUUUCAAAAUGGUUUUAAUUGACUCAUCACAAUGACACUGAUUGAAUUACAUUUCAACCUAAAUUAUCAAAUCUAUACAAGGAAUUUUACAUAAUAAAACGUUUACAUUU